GUGUCUGAUGUGGAGAGCUGGGCCGCAAGCACCUGGGAUAGACGCAAAAAAUGUCUUGCAAUACGUCGGUCAGACCUCCUGAAUAAGUGGUAUUGUGAAGACAUGCUUCCCUUUGUGUGUGGAACAAGACCAGGAACGUUUGAGAAGGUGGAGGCUGUGCAGGUGGUGGAGAAACAGGAAGAGAGCAAGAUGCCCGAUGAUGACAAGCAGAGCUGGCACAGCUGUCCUGCCAGUUGGUCCAAAUAUGGAUCCAGAUGUUUUACCAUCAUCCCCAGAGAGAUGCCCUGGAUAGAUGCAGAGGAAUAUUGUUUGAGUAACGGUGCCAACCUGGCCUCCAUCCACAACCCAGGAGAGUAUGGGUUCAUUCAGGAGAUGAUAAGAGGGAACACAGGUCGUAACCUUCGAGCCUGGAUUGGUGGCACUAACGCAGUUAAGGACCAGACCUGGCUCUGGAGUGAUGGAUCAGGAUUUAAUUUCCAGAACUGGGGCAUAGGAGAGCCCAACAAUCUUGGUGGCCAAGAGAAGUGCCUUGAGAUGAUAGAGGACUACCGCUGGAACGAUCUGCCCUGUGAGUCAAAGCUUGCUUUUGUCUGUGGAACAAGACCAUAAAGUCCAGUUUAAAAGUAUUUUGGAUCCUUAUUUCUGUGUCUUGACCUGCAAGUGUGCACAAACCCUGUGCCGAACAAUACG